CCGGGAAACUUACAACCAUGUUUGCCGCCCCCACCCCCACACCCUUAUAUUAGCCCGCCUCUGGUUGUACUUCGCCUACUUUGACGCACAAUCACAUCACCCUCAUGUCACUGCAUUAUUCCGCACCCAUCACCCACCCCUCGCACCACGUUUACAAGGUGCGAUAUGAACGCUCCUCAUCGCCAUCAACUGGCAGCACAACGAGUUCAUCGUGUGGUUCCGGUCCUUCGCGGCUAAUGUUGCCGAGCCAAAGUACUGAAGAUAUUCUUCGGACGAUCAUGAAAGUCAGAAAAAGCUGGAAAACUCUGAAGGGUCAUACCGAGCCUGUAUGGCCACCUUAUCUCGAAGCCACGAUGCUGAAAGGUCUUCAUGAAUACAAACCCGUUGACUCGCGGGAAACACAAAUUUUGGGUCGAUUCCCAAUGCGCAAUCGCUUCAUCUCGGAGUACAUUUACCACAAGACGGGAAUGUAUAGAUCAUCAAAACAAAUAGGCAGUCGUCUACAACAAUUUAGGGACACAUCCGAGGGGCGGGAAUUGAUCGAUUCCCUCACCCGAUGUUAUCUUAGUACGCGGAGUGAAUUCGGCUCGUCACGGAGGUUUUCUCUUCAUAACCAUGUUUUCGAGGGUGAAUCCAAGUCUCCGUUUUCCUAUUUAUCUUUCGACUCUUCAAGCAGCGACAGCUCAUCCACCACCUCAUCCACCGGCUCAUCCAUAUACUCUGCAGAAUACACUCACAGCCCUCCAGACAUGCCGUCUAGACAGAACCCUCCUGACAAUCGUACUCCAGUGUACAUUGACAUCUUGCCGGAAUCCAGCUCAUUCUCGAGCUCAUCCUCCUCCCGUUCACGUGCACCAUCUUCUUCUACAUACAAGCCCCCUCAAGGUGCAGCUGCCUCCUUGAACACACCACGUCGCAUGAGGGACAUUGAUCCCACCGUAACCUUCGUCUCGCCCUCUGCCUUUAUUGGCAAGUCAUCCUAUAUAGUGCUACUGGAUGGCGCACCCAUACACAGCGAGGACACAAAGCUCGAAUGUGUUGGACCAUAUUUCACCGGUUCUUCCGGUGACGGUCCAUUGCUCUACAGCACAGCUCUGGUUCCCAAGUACUGGGAAACAUUGUGCAAAUCUCCAGAUCCCACCGUAUACACCAUUAUUCAGGAUGUGUACCGUGCUCCAGACCCAGCAACUCCCACAAGGUCCUUGGGCCGCCCACGUCCCGUUCUUAUCUUCUCUGCUACAUACCACUUACGAUACCCAGCGCCUGUACGCGCGCCCCAAUCUUCCAUCUCACCGCACUUCGCAUAUCAAGCCAAUUCACCCUUUCUCGCAAACAAUGCUCAUGCUUAUCCCGACAUGAUCAACCCCAUCCGCCCGCUCCCAUUUCAAAACUACGCUAUGACGCCAGGCCUCUCUGAGCCAGGGAGGUUUCAGUCCCAUGAAUACAACACGCAAAACCGGCUGGAUGAACCAUUCAUAUUGGACGUUAGCCUGGAAAACUUUUCCCUCGAUGACUUCAUGAUCAACCUUCAUGACUCGCCUGAGGCGACAUCAAAUGACAUGAUGGCACAGUCGUCAUCGUCAAGCUUCCCGAAGGAUAUCCGCAAUUAUAUCAUGUAAAACUAUUGUACAUACAAUCGUUAUAUUGGCAUGUUCUGCUUGUAUGGUUGUUAUUAUACAUAUUGGAGUCCUCCAAUCAGCCCAGAUACUUCCAGACUGCGUUUUCGUCCCUGUGGGUCCCUUGGCAUUCACCCAUCUCAGAAUGGACGUGAUGUUGCGUUCGCUUGGCUUCCACGGGCAACUCAUGCCGCCCUUAUUGUCAUGUGGUCACAUCUGAUUAGUGUAGUAGGUCCGUC